AUGCCUAAACGUACGUCAGCAACAACAACGUUACAACCACAACAACAAUUACGUAAAAAUGCUGCUAAUGUGACAUUAUCAUUACCAUCGAAUAGUGGUCAUCAGACCACACCUUCAGCUAAUGAACGAUCUUGUGUAGCAUAUGAAUGUGAACAGCAUGCUGUUGCCAAUUUACCAUUUAACUGGCAAUCCUUGAAAGUAUCGCUAAACGAUCGAAUUAGCACAUUGUGUCUAAAUGAAUACAUGUCAGACGUUCAUUUUAUCGUGGGAUCUUCUACAACAUUGCCACCAACACCGAUCGAACAAUUACCAGCACAUAAAUUUGUUUUAUGUGUGGGUAGUUGUGUGUUUGAAGCAAUGUUUAAUCGGCCGUUAUCAUUAAACAAUGAGCAAACUGCCAGCAAUAAUGAUAAAAUCGAAGUACCGGAUAUAGAGCCAAUUGCAUUCAAAAAUUUAUUAAGAUUUUUAUAUUCUGAUCAUGUUUCAAUCAAUGAUGAUAAUGUUAUGGCAAUAUUGUAUGCAGCAAAAAAGUAUUGUGUACUCGGAUUGGAACGAUUAUGUGUUGAUUUUUUGAAAAAAAAUAUAAGUUUAGAAAAUGCAUUGAUAUUAUUAAUUCAAGCUCGUAUGUUCGAUGAGCCACAAUUAGCCGCACAAUGUUUAGAUGUUAUUGAUAAAAAUGCUAAUGAUGCGUUAACAACAUCAGAAUUUUAUGAUCUUGAUUUAGAUACAUUAUGUGCAAUAUUAAAACGUGACACACUUGGAAUAAGAGAGAUUAAAUUAUACAAUUCUGUAAUUCAAUGGGCAAAACAUCAAUGUUCAAAAAAUAAAUUAGAAUCAACAGCUGAAAAUGUUCGAAAUACUUUGGGACAAGGAUUAAAAUUAAUUCGAUUUCCAUUAAUGUCACAGGAAGAGUUUGCCAGUGGACCAGCUCAAUCAGGAAUACUAAGUGAUAAAGAAAUAAUUCAGAUAUUUUUAUAUUAUAAUUUACCAAGUGGUUAUAAAAUCGAUUUUGACGAUGAGCCCAGGAAUACAGGAAAAGAAUAUUCAGUAAAUCGUUUUUGUGAAGUUGAAAAUCGAUGGUCGUACUCUGGAACAAGUGAUCGUAUUCGAUUUAAAGUUGAUAGACGAAUAUCCAUAGCUGGUUUUGGCCUCUAUGGAAGUAUUCGAGAACCCUAUGAAUAUGAAGUAAACAUACAGUUGCUACAUUCAGAAAGUGGAAUUAUUAUUGGUCAGAAUGAAAGUGUGUUCAUGUCGGAUGGUUCAACAUCAACAUUUCGAGUUUUAUUUAAAGAACCAUUAGAAAUUCAACCACACGAAUAUUAUGUUGCUAGUGCAAAACUAAAAGGUCCCGAUUCGUUUUAUGGUAUUAAUGGACUUCGAAAGAUUACACAUGAAUGUAGUGCUGAUGGUAAAGUAACAUUUCAUUUUGCCUAUGCGUCAGGUGAAAAUAAUGGCUCAAAUAUCGAUGAUGGACAAAUUCCAGAAAUCAUCUUUUGUUUAUGA